AUGGUCUCUCUUCUCCUCCACUCCCUCCAGGUGGUCUACAAGAAUAACGACAUCCGUCUGGAGCUCUCCCGUCUGGCCCGCAUCGUAGACCCCAAGAUGAAGCUCCAGGGUGACGUGGUGUUUAAGUGUGAGAAUGUGGCAACCCUGGACCCUAUCAACUUUGAGAGCCCUGACUCCUACCUCAGCCUGCCCAAGUGGAACACCAAGAGGAUGGGCUCCAUCUCCUUCGACUUCAGGACCUCAGAGCCCAACGGACUAAUACUGUUCACCCACGGCAAGGUAUACUAACUAAUGAAAUACCCUGAUGAAGGUCUAUUGAAGACCCACAUUUAGGUUUAAUGAUGUUUGUAAGAUAAGAUCACCAGUGUGCUGGAGUUCUGUUUCUAGUAAGUAUAUCAAUGUAAAAGAAAGUCACACACUCAUAUUUCCUUGCUGUGGAUUUAUUUGACCAAGGUUUUGGCUAAAGAGCCUUGAUGUAGAGCUUUAGGAAAAACAUUGGUCAUUCAUUUGUAUAGUUUAACUUCCCAUUAGUCAGCAGACUCAGUACGUCACCUAAUUUCCAGGCCCAGGACCGGCGGGACGCAGCAGGGAAGAAGAACAACAAAGUAGACUUCUUUGCAGUAGAGCUGCUGGAUGGAGGGCUGUAUCUGCUGCUGGACAUGGGCUCAGGCACUAUCAAGGUCAAAGCCACCCAGAACAAGGUCAACGAUGGAGCCUGGCACCACGUGGACAUACAGAGGGAUGGACGAUCAGGUGAGGAGAGAGGGGUGGUGGGGUGGAGUGGGAGGAGGACGAGGAGGAGGAGGGGGUAGGGCUAUUGCGGUGACCAUAUUACCGCCACACCGGCAGUCAUGAGUCAUGACCGCCGUAAAAUUCCACGUGAUCGUUGAGUCACGGUAAUCCCCUUUUAUGCACUCUGGACAUGCAUUGGUAGUACCCAACUCACUAACGACCAUCAUGUUGCUAAUGGCCUGGUACUCAGGGCUCUAUUGUCCCUCUAACCACUCUGACAUCAAUGCAAAUGCAAUCAAAAAUCACAUCAAACACUUAUCAUCAAAACAGUACAGUAUCAUGCUUUUAAAACUCACCUCACUGGGAUGAUCAAUUUGAAGAAAGAACUUCAACAACAGGUUGAAACUGAGUGGAAAACAUGGUCAUUGUGGAUGUUGUUUCAAAGCCUAACACAACAAAAUGGACAGCGCUUUCUAAGGUGAUGGUUAAUUCAAAACACUAUAUGCAUAUUAGAGCUAAUGCAUACAUUGAGUAUACAAAACAUUAAAAACACCUGCUCUUUUCAUUACAUAGACUGACCAGGUGAAUGCUAUGAUCCCUUUUUGAUGUCACUUGUUAAAUUCACUUAAAUCAGUGUAGAUGAAGAGACACAUUUACAUUACAUUUUAGUCAUUUAGCAGAUGCUCUGAUCCAGAGCGACUUACAGUUAGUGAGUGCAUACAUUUUUCAUACUGGCCCCCCGUGGGAAUCGAACCCACAACCCUGGCGUUGCAAGCGCCAUGCUCUACCAACUGAGCUACAGGAGGCCACACACGUUAAAGAAGGAUUUUGAAGCCUUCAGACAACUGAGACAUGGAUUGUGUAUGUGUGCCAUUCAGAGGGUGAAUGGGAAAGACAAAAUAUUUAAGUGCCUUUGAAUGGGGUAUGGCAGUAGGUGCCAGGCGCACCGGUUUGUGUGGGUUUUUCACGCUCAACAGUUUCCCGUGUGUGUCAAGAAUGGUCCACCACCCAAAGGACAUCCAGCCAACUUGACACAACUGUGGGAAGCAUUGUAGUCAGCAUGGGCCAGUAUCCCUGUGGAACGCUUUCGACACCUUAUAGAGUCCAUUCCCUGAUGAAUUGAGGCUGUUGUGAGGGCAUAAGGGGGGGCAACUCAAUAUUAGGAAGGUGUUCAUAAUGUUUGGUACACUCAGUGCAUAUGUUUAUGCAUAUGCAUAGGCCUAUAUAUGAGCACAAGCCUGAAAAAAAACCCUGAAUUAAAAUAAUGAUUGGGCCGUUAUACAAUACAUAGACUACCGCAUAUUACGCAUUGCAGAAAAAUAUAUAUUUUUAAUGAUUUAAGAUGUCUUUGGUACAUAAUUGGUUUAGCCUUCCCAAAUGAAGCACUGGGUAGCUGCAGGAACAGGGUUGGAGAACCCAUGGCAUGCAGAGUUUGGGCAGAAUAUCACCUGUCUGCCAGCGAUAGGCUGCAUGCUCCUCAAACAGUGGUUGAUGGUUGGAGUGAAAUAACCGGAGUAGCCUACCAGCAUGAUUAAAAAACCUACCGGCAGCUAGUGAUGACAUGUCUUGUUUCCCCUGUCCCUGUUCCUGUCCAUUUGAUAAUGGGACAUUCUAAAUCGAAUAAUUUUACAUAAUUUAACAUAAAGACAAGAUUAAAUUCAGAAUAGUCUGAUGGGUGAAAAUAUGAUCACUUGAUGAGAGAACAGCGUGUGGAGCCUGAGGCAAGGAACAGAGCGGAAGCUUUUUUUGCAACUUUCUCAAAUCAUCAAUAGCCUAUAGUCACAUCAUGCAGCCCAUAUAUGUUUUGAUUUCUAAGGUUUGUAUAAUUCAAAACUAAAGUUGGCAAAUAACUAAAUCUAGCUUAUAGGACCUGUUUCAAAUGAUCACUUUUAUGCUCAACAUACCCAUAUGCCCACUCGCUCCGGAAAGGGACCGCUAAGUUCAAUUAUAUUCUUACUAUAAAAUCAUAUAAAUAAGGGAUAAUCAAUGAGGGGCUAUGCAUUCUAUGGAAAAUAACACACCUUCCACGGAGUUCCAUUAUUUUCCAGAGAACGCAUAGAGCCCCAAGGCAAUAAUUUAACACAUUUGCUGCUAGAAAUGUGUUCAACAUCCACUGAAGUAGCUAACAAGUUUAGAUAGCUACAGUAGUUGCCCUGGUAACCAAGCAAAUAUACUUGCUAGUUUAGCUAACCAAACCAUCAGUCCUAGCUUGCUAUUAUGAAAAUUGAAUUCAACAAUGGCAAUAAUGUUUUCAAUUCGACAUUUGCUUUCAAAAGCAGCUCAAACAUAGAACAUGUAAGAAUUAACUAUAGCCAUUGAGUUCUACCGUGCUGAUAUACCGUGCAUUAUAGGGAAUUAUAGUAUAGUACUGAACGUGUCGGUAGUCGGGAUGAGACAGACAGGCAGGCAGCAUUUCUCAGCCAGUCGAAAUCAUGAAUCAGCAUAAUUGUUAUGGAUAUAUACAAAGAACUAUCAAUAGAGAACAGGUCAAACGAAACAAAGUGCAGCUAGUUAGCAGUCUUUCCAGCUUCAGUUUGAAGUAAUUGUGUUACUUUAGCUGUGUUGUUGGCUAGCUCUCGAACAACAGAGCACAUUUUCUAUGCCAGGUGAAAUCGCGCAACAUUAGCUCAUUGUUAUGGAUGUAUCCAAAUAAAUGUCACUAGAAAACAGCUUAAACAAAUGCAGCUACUUUGUUGUUAUUCUGGCUGCACUGUUUGACGUGACUGUAAGUUAGCCGUAGUUGGCUAGCUAGCAAGCAAGGGAUAAGAACGUUGCUAGCCAGUACGGCAAUGGAACAUUUGAACGAAUGACUGGGUCGCGUCCAUAGAUACAGAACAAAAAUACUGAACAACUCUGGCAACCGAACCGAUAGAACGAAUGACCAGCCGGCUUGGGUAGCAACCCUAGAUUUGUGUCAGGACUAUAUCUUGUGGAAGGAUGAAAUAGUAUAAAAAUAAAAAUGUUAAUGAAAAUAUGUCAAUCAUUAUUUGAAUAUGUUGGUAACCCGUUGUAUAAAAGUGAUAAUGCCAUCGAAGCCAGUGUAUGAAGGACAUAGUAACACGGUUUUCCUGCCCUCGACUUCGUCUUGGACCUAACAACACCCGGGCCAAUAUAUCAUCCAAACACCGGAUUUUCUGGCAUUAUCACUUAAAUAUUGCACGCUCUUCAAGCCCUUCAAGCUAAUCAGAAACGAGUUUUCAACAAUGCCAUGGCAUAAUUAAGCAAAAACGCACGACAGGGUGUGAUAUAUGCCAGUCUUUGCAUGACAAUAACCGGCUGACAUAAUUUCAUGACCGCCACAUCCUUAGGAGGGGAAAGGAUGGGGGGUGGUGGUGGUGGAGGAGAAUGGUGAUGAUCAUUGUAAAACUCCUCAGAAUAUACAUCAAAGCCAUCAUACUAUUGCACGAUUUGCAGAAGUAUUUCUACAUUGUCCACAAUGUGUAUAAAACUUAAGAGAAACUGUAUCUUGAGGAUGUAGGGAUAGUACAUUUAUCAUGAGGAUGAUAAAGCAAAACCUUUAAAAUCCUAUUUCCUGAUUAUAUUUCCUCCACAGCUUGUUUAUCCUGUGUGUACACUGACCUGAAAAAGGUUGGACAAACAGAACAGAACAGAGAGGAGGGGAGCUUUAGAGAGGAUGAUUAUAUUGGCGCCAAAAGGGUUGGAGAUGAGAGAGUCUAUUGUUGCCUUGAGCUCCAUAACAGAAUGGAUUCACCACAUUAAAAGGAAAAGGGGAAAGUGAGAAGAAGAGAGAGAGAGAGAGAGAGAAACGACAGAUAUAAGAGAGAGAAACCACAGAGAAGGAAGAGAAAUAUACAGAGAGAAAGAGAUAGAACCUACAUAGAGAAAGAGAUAGAACAGACGAGAGAAAGAGAGAGACCAGACAGAGAUAAAGAGAGAGAAACAGACAAGAGAAAGAGAGAGAAACAGACAGAGAGAAAGAGACGAGAAACAGACAUAGAUAAAGAGAGAGGACGACAGAGGAAAGGAGCUAAAUACAUACAGAGGGAAAGAGAGAGAACGACAGAGAGAAAUAGAGAAACACAGACAGAGAAAAGAGAGAUAAAUGACAGAGAGAAAGAGAAGAAACAUACAGAGAGAAAGAGAUAGAACAUACAGAGAGAAAGAGAGAUAACGAAGAUAGAAGAGAUAGAAACAGACAGAGAUAAAGAGAGGAAAACAGACAGAGAUCAAGAAGAGAAACAGACAGAGGGGAAAGAGAGAGAAAGACAGAGAGAAGAGAAGAACAACAAGAGAAAGAGAGAGAAAAGACAGAGAGAAAGAGAGAGAAACAGACAAGAAAAGAGAGAAACACGAGAGAAAGAAGAAACAGACAGAGAGAAAGAGAGAGAAAGACAGAGGAAAUAGAGAAACAGACAGAGAGAAAAGAGAAAACAGCAGAAGAAAUAGAGAGAACAGACAGAGAGAAAGAUAGAAAACAGACAGAGAGAAAGAGAGAAACAGACGAGAGAAAGAGAAGAAACAACAGAAGAAAGAGAAAAGAUAGAAGAGAGAAGAGACAGAGAGAAGAGAGAGAAACAGACAGAGAGAAAGAGAGAAAACAGACAGAGAGAAAGAGAGAGAAACAGACGGAGAAAUGAGAAAGACAGAGAAAGAAGAUACAGACAGAGAAAGAGAGAGAAACAGACAGAGAGAAAGGAACAGAGAAAAAGAGAGAGAACAUGACAGAGAGAAAUAGAGAAAACAGACCAGAGAAGAGAGAGUAAACAGACAGAGAGAAAGAGAGAAAACAGACAGAGAAAAGAGAGAGAAACAUACAGAGAAGAGAUAAAAAGAGAAAAGAGAGAAAUAGAGAGAAACGACAGUAGAAAAAAGAAACAGACAGAGAGAAAAAAGAGAAACAGACAGAGAGAAAGAGAGAGAACAGACAGAGAAAAAGAGAGAGAAACAGACAGAGAAAGAGAAGAACAGACAGAGAAAAAAGAUAGAAACAGACAGAGGGGAAAGAGAGAAGAACAGACAGAGAGAAAGAGAGAAACGACAGAAGAAGAGCAGAGAGAAACGCAGAGAAGAGAGAUAAACAGACAGAGGGAAAGAGAGAGAAACAGACAGAGAGAAAGAGAGAGAAACAGACAGAGAGAAAGAGAGAGAAACAGACAGAGAGAAAGAGAGAGAAACAGACAGAGAGAAAGAGAGAGAAACAGACAGAGAGAAAGAGAGAGAAACAGACAGAGAGAAAGAGAGAGAAACAGACAGGAAAGAGAGAUAAACAGACAGAGGGAAAGAGAGAGAAACAGACAGAGAGAAAUAGAGAAAAACAGACAGAGAGAAAGAGAAAACAACAGAGAGAAAGAGAGAGAAACAGAGAGAGAAAGAAGGAAACAGACAGAAUAGAAAGAGAGAGAGAAGAAGAGAGAGGAAGAAGAGAAGAAAGAUGAAAGCAAAAGAGAGAGAGAGAUGACAAGAAGAAGAGAAACAGACAGAGAGAAAGAGAGAGAGGGAGAGAGGAAAGAAAAAGAUAUAGAGAGAAACAGAGGCAGAGAUAGAGAGAGAAUGAGAGAGAGAGAAAGAGAGAGAGGGGAAGAGAAAGAGAUAGAGAGAGAGUGCAAGAAGAAGAGAGGAGAGCGGUAGUAGUACUUCUGUUAUUUGAUGUCCUGGGUCUGUGUUAUAUAUCAGCUUAGAGCAGCCAAUUUAGCCCUGUGUCAACACAUUCUACUUUGAUGAAUCACUACCUAGCACCAAUGAAAGAAGGGAAGAAUGGAAGAAUUGAGAGAAGAGGAGGAUUUUCAGAGGAAAGAGAGAGAAAUUAGACAGAUAUAUGGAUAUGCGGCUGAGUGGUGGUAUUAACUUGUUGCUAGAGAACUGUUUAAUGGGACUUCACAUGAUGGGAUUUAAAUCUCAUAGUUAGACACUGAGGACAGUUAGUAGUUCACUGAGGUGUUUGAAGAACAAACUGAUGAUGAUGAUUUUAAGUUCUUUGGAACCAUAAACCUGAUUUAUCCACACUCUCCUCUGACCAACGCCAAACACCAAGCGCUCUUGAUCGUAGCCUAAGGCUAACAUCCUGGCCUUGUGAACCAGGCUUCAAGACUCUUCUAUAAUGUGUUGUCAGACACACAACUCAUGAGACUACUAGUCUAAGAUACUAAAACUACGCAAUAUUAGAAUCGCUUAGACCUUAACACUAACCUCCCCUCUCUUCUUUCUCUCUCUACUUUCCCCACUCCAUCUUUCUCCUCUCCAGGUAUCAUCUCAGUAGACAAUCGUCGUACUCCGUUCACGGCCAGCGGAGAGAACGAAAUCUUAGACCUGGAGGGAGACCUCUACCUGGGUGGUCUCCCUGACAACCGGGUAGGCCUGGUGUUACCUACCGAACUGUGGACAGCCAUGUUGAACUACGGCUACGUGGGCUGUAUCCGGGACCUCUUCAUAGACGGCCGCUCCAAAAACAUCCGGGCCAUCUCGGAGUCUCAGAACACCACAGGCAUCAGGCCCACCUGCAGUAAAGUCACGGGGAAACAGUGUGAUAGCAACCCCUGUAAGAAUAACGGAGUCUGUAAGGAAGGAUGGAACCGGUUUAUCUGCGACUGCACCGGGACUGGGUUCUGGGCCACAACGUGUGAGCGA